CUGCUGAGAAUCGAUACAGGGAGGCAAGGAGUCAAGACCAUUGCGCUCGAGACUCAGGAUAUACUACAGCCGUGCCUCGUUGUGACGUAUGAAACUGCAGUAGUCGCAAUUUACGAGCUGAAUAUUGAGGAGAAGAAUGCUGCUGGAGGGGUCAUCGGAAGCGAAGAGGAGAAAACGAAAUCGAAUCCGCCCUCAACUUUAACUGUCUCGGUUGGUUCCGAGUUUUUGCUAACUGUCAGCGACCAUCGCGAUAUCCAGAUAUCAUCCAAGGCCUCGGCAGUAGCUCUCGCACGAUCCUCUCGCCAACUUAUACUGGCAGUCGCGGAGGCAAAUGGGAUCAUCGAUUUUUUCGCUCUGAACGGCACGAUGUUGCGCCAAAUCCAGACAAAUGCUUCGAUUGCAGCCAUGGAAACCAACAGGAACCUUUUGGCAUUCAGCGAUGGAACGAGAGUCAUCAUUUCCUCGAUGACUCGAGCUCAAGGAUCCGUCUUCCACUCCUGCCCAGGUUCAUCAGCGAAAAUAUCGUCCAUUGCGUUUGACGCGGUACACCCUGAAAUAAUGUACGCUGGCACCGAGCGAGGGGAGGUCCUCGUGUACAUUGUGAAUGCUGGCGCGUCUAGUGACAGUCAAGCGUGUCGAUUACUUUCUCGACAUACUGUCACGUCAAGCCGUCGCGUUCAAACUCCUCUAGCGCUAGCAGUUACCAAGAGGUAUGUCAUCGCCACCGGACCUCACGAUAUCGCAGUCUUCAACGUGUCAAAAUCACAAAAGACGGGGGUCUCUCUCUCUCAAUUGUGCACAAGCCACCAAUAUAUCAUCUUCGUUUCAGGUGAACCAAGGGACCAAGCAUUAUCACCAGUGGUGGCAUUCUCGGAGGGGGUUAUUGGAUCUACCCUUGCCUUCGUCACUGCUGGAGCUGGUGACCAAGCCAAGUUAAUUCUCUUCCACAGCCUUCUCCCGGAU